ACACCACCUCCCACUACCCCAUCUAACACUACGCCAUCUCCCACUACACCACCUCCCACUACACCAUCUAACACUACACCACCUCCCACUACACCACCUCCCUCUACACCAUCCACCACUACACCACCUCCCACUACACCAUCUAACACUACACCGCCAUCCACUACACUAUGUAACACUACACUACCUCCCACUACGCCAUCUCACACUACACUAACUCCCACUACACCAUUCAACGCUGCACCACCUCCCAGUACACCAUCCAACACUCCACUUCUUGCCACUACACCAUCCAACACUACACCACCUCCCUCUACACCAUCUAACACUACACCACCUCCCUCUACACCAUCUAACACUACACCAACUCCCUCUACACCAUCUAACACUACACUGCCUCUCACUACACCAUCUAACACUACACCACCUACCACUACAUCAUCUAACACUACACCAACUCCCACUGCACCAUAUCCCACUACAUUACCUCCCACUACGCCAUCUAACACUACACUGCCUCUCACAACGCCAUCUAACACUACACUACCUCUCACUACACCAUCUAACACUACACCACCUCCCUCUACAUCAUCUAACACUACACCACCUCCCACUACACCAUCUAACACUACACAACCUCCCACUACACCAUCCAGCACUACACUUCUUGCCACUACACCGUCCAACACUACACUGCCUCUCACUACAUCAUCUAACACUACACCGCCACCCACUACGCCAUCUAACACUACACUGUCUCCCACUACAUCAUCUAACACUACACCGCUACCCACUACGCCAUCUAACACGACACUGCCUCCCACUACACCACCUCCCACUACACUCAACAAUGUUCCUGGCUAUCGUCGUGCUGGCAGCUCUGAUGGUUCUUCCCCAAGUGGAAGGUGGUUGCUGGGAGACCUGGAGCAGAUACACUGGCUGGAGUUCCUGGGGUACUGGGAGACUUUGGAAGUCCUGCAGCGACCGUUCUAA